ACCAAGGUACAGUCAGCAAACCGGUAAACGACCCAGGAAGCCGGUCCGUGCCUGUCGGGCAGAAGCAAGUGCCUUGGAAGGGACAACCCGGACAGCUCGGAACUUGCAGAUAUGGCCGGGGAAAUGACAGUGCUGGGUUCUGCUAUUUUGACUCUUUUGUUAGCUGGCUACCUAGCCCAACAGUAUUUGCCAAUGCCCACACCAAAAGUAAUAGGGGUUGACCUUGGUACCACAUACUGUUCUGUUGGCGUGUUCCUACCUGGCACAGGACAAGUGAAAGUUAUUCCUGAUGAAAAUGGGCACAACAGCAUCCCAAGCAUAGUGUCAUUCACUGAGACGGAUGUAUAUGUGGGAUAUGAUGGGCUAGAGCUGGCAGAUUCGAAUCCACAGAACACUAUCUAUGAUGCCAAACGAUUUAUAGGGAAGAUCUUCACUCCAGAAGAACUGAUAAGUGAAAGUAGCAGAUACCCAUUUAAGAUUGUUAACAGGAAGGGAGCUGCUGAAUUUUUCGUUACAACUAAUGAGACCAAUAGCCUAACCCCAGAAUAUAUUGGUUCUCAGCUUCUUCUGAAGUUGAAGAGGAUGUCAGAGGACUAUCUUGGAAUGCCAGUUUCUAAGGCAGUUAUUUCAGUGCCAGCAGAGUUUGAUGAAAGACAAAGAAUCUUCACAAUUAAGGCAGCUAGCCUUGCAGGACUGGAAAUUUUGCGGGUAAUUAAUGAACCCACUGCUGCAGCAAUGGCAUAUGGUCUCCAUAAAGCUGAUGUCUCUAAUGUUUUGGUAGUGGAUUUGGGUGGAGGAACAUUGGAUGUUUCUCUGUUGAACAAACAAGGAGGGAUGUUUCUGACAAGAGCCAUGGCAGGUAAUAACAAACUUGGAGGGCAGGACUUCAAUCAGCGGUUACUCCAAUACCUGUAUAAUGAGAUCCAUCAGACACAUGGGUCUCUACCCUCCAGGAAGGAAGAAAUACAUAGACUCAGACAAGCCGUAGAAGCUGUCAAACUGAAUUUAACAAUUCACAGCUCUUCUACAAUCAGAGUGUCCCUUUCCAUGCCAGAGAGGAAGGACAAACAUGAACACUUGCAGAAAGAUGACAAGUUGUACAACAAAUACGAAAAUGUCCCUGCCGAAACUGGGAUGAAAAAUAAUAUGGGGGACAGCCAUUCAGAAACACAGAGCAGCACUUGGAAAAAGGUUCUCUUUGAAAUGGAAAUUUCCCAGAAACUCUUUGAGACAUUAAAUGAGGACCUUUUUGAGAAGAUCCUUGUGCCCAUUAAGCAGGUAUUGAAAGAAGGACAUCUACACAAGGCAGAAGUGGAUGAGAUUGUAUUAGUUGGAGGCUCUACCCGAAUUCCAAGAAUACGCAAAGUUAUUACAGAAUUCUUUGGGAAGAAACCCAACACCUCUGUUGACCCAGACCUAGCAGUGGUAAUAGGAGUGGCUAUUCAAGCAGGAAUUGUGGGGGGAUCUUGGCCGCUUCAAGUCAGUGCUGUAGAAAUUCCAAACAGGCAUUUACGAAAGACAAACUUCAACUGAGCUUCAGUGUUCUUAUCACAUCCUAAUUUUUAGCUCCACAUUAAAAAGUUCUUUUUGUCCUAAUUUAAUUCCAUUUGUGUGUUGCUGGACCAUUCAGUGUAUACUAGUUCUGCCCUCAUCUCCUUUUUUUUACUGAAAGAAUUAGAAAUCUACAGUUAAACAGGACAUUUUCUGUUUCUGCUUGAGCUUCAAGAAAACAUGAGCUCAUGGUUAAAGAAAGCCAAUAAUCAGAAGCAUUGUUUCUGGAGCAUGUUUUUGUUUUUCUAAUAUAAUUCUCAACAGAACCUCAAGACACUUCAUUACUUGAAAAUUGAAUGGAAUAAUUCUGGAGUAAUGAUGGAGAUAGUGUUGACAUAGUAUCCUGGUGUUUCUCAGGAGUUUGUAUUGACUGUGAGCUGGCCUGGUGUGUAGCAGUAUUAAUGCAGAUAGCUCAGCUGAAGUUGAUCUAAAGUGGCAUUUAAAAGCACUUUUCUUAAUGUUGCAUUCAAGCUUGAAUAUGCUCUAGAUAGUAGCACUUUACUGAGAACUGUUCUGUGGAUACUACCGAAAAAUGUUUAGUCUGGUGGAAUACUGCUAUCAGUGUUUCCCAUCUGACGUGUUCAUUAACAGCAGUUGCUUUUGGUGGGGGGACUCAUCAUUACUAUACACUGCUUAGCACUUCCUAGUCUGAGGUGGUAAGAAGCAGUAUUCUCUGACAACUCCCCAUGCAGUGAUUGAUGCUAACAGCUGUAUACAUUCACCUUAUCAAUUGAACUUAAGUGAUUGUGUGACUCAAUGUAUGAACUUCUCCUAAUGGUUGGUUUUGUUUUGAUGGGUUAAUAUUACUGGUUAUUCUGUAAUACUUACAACCCUACGCAUGUCUUGUUACUGUUUUUGGGAAGCUACAAUUCAAGAACAUCUUAGUCAUUACAGUACAUACAGAACAAAAAAUACUUUGAAGCAGCAAGUACAGUCCAUGCUUUUUUAGAAAGUAUUGAUUAAAAAAUAUUCCAGAACUCUUGAAAAAAGUAAACACUCCAUUUUUGCUAAUAACCAUACUUGUAUUUUGAGGCUGCUGCUGUUAGUCAGGAAUAUUGAGUAAGCAUUCCAUUGUUUAAUUUUCACUUUAGAUUCACUUUCAAGUUUGCACUUAAUGGCACAUUAACCUCUGAUCCCAACAGGUCAAAAUUAUAGCAAAGUGUUGCCCUGUAAAUGCAGCAGAAAAGAGUGUUUCUAGAUACUCAUUCACAUGGAUAAGUGUGAAGUGUGAACUGGACAAUCUGAUACUGCUGUCACAAUUUCCCUGAUCAUAGUAACUGUAAAGUACAACCAUAAUUGGAGAAGCUGCAAACACAUAUGAUUGUCCAGUUUACACAUUUUGUUUGUCCAUAUGAAAGCUGAUUCAAAGAUGUCCACUUGUAUGUAGAGGAACACACAUUGGAACCAAAAUAACAUUACUGAAACUUAGGCACCCUGAUACUAAUGCAGGGAUAUUUAGACAGUGAAUAAAAAGAAAGGUUAAUAAAGGUGCUCUUUAAUUAGUGGAAAGAUGAUAUAGGGCAUUUUUAGGGUGUCCAGGACACUGGGUGGAGAGCAGGAUGUCUUGUGUGAACUGUCCGAUAAUGUAGGUACUGAAGAUCAUAUUGAUAUUUGGAGGAACAGCAAAUACUCAGCUCUUGAGAUCCGUUCCAUCAGUCCAAGAAGCUGUAGACUUUAAAGAAAGGGUUGAAAGCAGCUUUGCUGCCAUGUACCUCAAAGCAAGCACCCUUUGUAACUGAGACUUUUAACAGCAGUUCGUCUUUGUCAAAGGUAUGUCACAAGUGUCAGUUCCAUGGGGGGAAAAUAUCAAACAUUCCACUACGCAAAUGCUGCUCUUUGUGUGAUCCAAAGCAAAUUUUUGGGUCCUAGCGCUCUGUGUGUCAUGUGGAAUCUAAAAAGUAGCUAAGUCUUUAGUAUUAAAGGGGCCUGGGAAGCCAUUAAAAUGAAAAUAUGGAUCAGACUAAAAGGGAAUUAAGAAAAUAACUUGGAACUGCCUUUUUCUCAUGAGAGGAUAGUGUAUCUAUUUUAGCUUUUAUAUUCCUUGCCAACAUAAGGCCGACUUCUACGUCCUCUUAAAACUUUGAAGCCCAUCCAUACAUUAUUAAUGGGGCCAAAGUUAAUACUUUUUUGCUUGACUUGACAAGAAGAAAAAGCUUUGUCUCACACCUUAUUCCAAAUGUUUUAUCUUUUUUAAAAUUUAAAAGUAUGUUAGGGCCUCUUAUAUUGUCAGGUGAUAACUGUCAAGUGGCAAAACAUGUUACAUGUUAUAAACUGUAUAAAAUAGCAUCAAAUGUGUAGAGAUUAAGCAUAAUGGAAGAACUGAAAGAUUCUGCCUUGGGAUAUUUCAAGAACAAGACGAUUUAUCCACAUUGAUGAAAUUCAAACUAAUGCCUCAGUAUCUAAUUGUAAAUAACUGCUGCAGUGCAAACAGCAGCUUGUACUGCUGUAAUUCAUGCUGGAAUAUGGGUGGCUUCACAUGUAAUGGCAGCAACUAAGUGGGAGAGAACCAUCGAUUCCUUGCAAACACCUGGUCCUGGUGGUUCUGCCUCUCAUGUCAUACAAACCCACCAAUGUAUGGUUGACAAUGUCAGGUUCCCUCCUCCACCUAACAUUUGUAACCAACACUUUAAGUUGGUUACAAGAUACCAGGAGCACUCACUCACCAAGAACCCCCAUUUGCCACCAUUACAUGUGAAGCCACCUAGUGAAUGACAGGCAGAGAUGAUGCUGUGCAUGCAUGCUGGCAGAAACCUUAAUCCUGAGCCUAUGAGCUGCUGUGCUGGAGCAGUAACUUGUAGAAUUUAUUUUUAGCGGUUGAAAUCCAAAGAUUUAGUAACUGUUUUUUGUAAUGAAGUAAAUGUAUUUUGGGCAUUAUUUUGAAGAGCAAGCUUUAUUUGACAAACCAUAACAUGACCAUAUUUUUAGACACAAAGAUCUGUAAUUUGUUCCUCUUGCUGAAGCCACUGGCUUUGAAAGAGAAAGGAACACAUUUUCUAUAGAAAUAAGAUAUAUACAAAAACAACCUGCUUAAUAUGCUUUCAUUUGAACCGUAGAAGUUUCUGAUUAGCCGAGUGGCAGCAUCCCCUACUGAAGCUUUUGUUGUUCCUGGACAGUGCGGAGUCUAGUUAGCGAGGUUGCAAACUAAUGUAAAACAGCUUUUCAUAUGGAAAAUUGUAAUGUUUUGGAGUCCACGUAUACAAGAGUCUUUUUGUAUUAUCAAAAUAAAAGACAUUUUAUACUGUC